CAGAGCGCGGCUGCGGCUCGUGCGGAGGGGCUGCGGCAGUCAUGGAGGGGGUCACCGUCGGCCAGGUAUUCGAUGCGGAGUGCAUCCUCAGCAAGCGGCCCAGGAAGGGGAAGUUCGAGUAUCUGGUGAAGUGGAGAGGAUGGUCCUCCAAACACAACAGUUGGGAGCCGGAGGAGAACAUUCUGGACCCGCGGCUCCUGGCGGCGUUUCACAAACGAGAGCAAGAGCGAGAACUUCUGUUUCAGAAAAAAGGAAAACGGCCGAGAGGACGACCUCGAAAGAUCCUGCCUCCUGCUCCUGCUGUGACCAAGGACAGCCGCUCCUCCUCCUCCUCCUCUGCCCUCUCCUCCUCCGCCUCCUCCUCGGAGGAGGAAGAGGAUGAGGAGGAAGAUGACGAUGAAGACCACGGCAAGAAGGCCAAGCCGGGCCCCCGUGCGCCCCCCGUCCCCCAGAAGAGGCCCCAGAUCCUGCUGGCCAAACCCGACCCGCCGCGCAAGAAGAAGCGCGGCAGGAAGCCGCUGCACCCGGACCUCAGGGCGCUGCGGCAGGCCAGGGGCCGGCCCGCCCCGUCCCCCCCUCCCCCUCCUCCCCCGCCGCCUGCAGGCCCUCCCCGCCACCCGCAGGCGCCGCGGGGCCCGCGAGACGAGGCCCGGCCCGGCGUGAAGAAGCCGCUGCAGCCGGCCAGCUUCACCUACACCGGGCUGCACCGGAGCGCCCGAGAGGAGGCGGCGUCCCACUCCUCCUCCUCCUCCUCCUUCUCCCCCUCCGGCUGCGUGUGGAGCGGCCGCUCGCUGUGCGCCUCCUCCGCCACGUCCUCCUCCCACGGCAGAGCCGGCGCCUCCUCACACAGUAAGAGCUCCCUGGACCUGAAACGCUCCGCCUCGGACGCCGCCGCCUUCAGGGCGUCUUCUCUCAAACAUGGCGGCAGCUCGGGCUCGCUGGGUCUGCAUGCCGGCUUUGCCGGCGGCCAGAUGGCGCAGCGUUCCGCUCUGGCUCAGAGGAGGCAGGAUGGCGCCGCGGUUCCCCACAAACAGCAGAGCUCGGGUCUGUCCAGGCCGGCGCCGGCGCCCACGCCGCGAGAACGAGCCAAUCAGGCGCUCAGCCUGCGGGCGCUCAACCUGCAGAGCGUCGGCAGCCUGCCGGGCGGCACCGGAGCCGCCGCGAGGGCCAGCCUCCGGAGCGCCGGCGGGAUGCUGGUGAAAGGAGGCGCCAAAGACAGUCGGACAGCGGCCGGAGGGCAGCGCUGUGGCCCGUCGGCGGGGGGCGGAGCCGAGGCCGGCCGCGCCAAGGAGAAGCUGCCAGGAGGCGGCGGCGGCGGGCGCCCGGAGGAGCGGAAACACGGACUCGGCACGCAGAGCCGCAGCCUGACGGAGCUGAGCGCCGGCGACUCGGACGAGAGCAGCAGCAGCGAAUCGGAGCACGCCGCCCUGUUUCCCAGCAACAGCCGGCCCAGCCUGGGAAACACCGCCGCCGAGUCGGACACGGAGACGGACUGGCGGCCGGCGCGGAGCCUCCUGGAGCACGUCUUCGUCACCGACGUCACGGCCAACUUCAUCACGGUGACGGUGAAGGAGUCGCCGACCAGCGUGGGAUUCUUCACCGAGCCGAGUCACUGACCCGCGCGCACGGAGCCGCGGCGCCUCGCCGCCGCACGGGACUCCAGCACACCACAACUCCCAGCAUUCCCGGCGUCCGAGCCACACACACACAGAUAAGCUCCAGUAUCUGACGGGACGCUGUAGCGGCCCUGAUGUUUGGCCCCACCCACUCCUGCAGCUCUCGAUCCAAUCAGAAACCCGGUGCUCAGAGACAAACUGCAACAUGUUCAGAGGGCUCCAUGUUCGAACCCCGACCGUCUCCCCAGUGGUCUCUCCGUGAAGGACCGUUCAACAGAAGUUUGAACUGAAUCAACCUGCACAGAUUCGAUAGUUUUAAAGGCGUUGCCAUGGCAAUUUGUUCACUUUGGACCAGGAGCUGAUGGUUUCACACUCGCCUUCCGUUGCUCUGCAGACAACUGCCUUCACCGGUCUGCCAGCUGUCCGUCUCCAUUAGUGGGCGGAGCAACAUCUCCAUUCGCCUGCAGACCUGCUCUGUCCGGCGAGUGUGAUCGGGGUUCGAACCGUCGGAAGGAUCCACCUCUCCUGUGCCUCUCGUCGCCUCCGUCCGCCUCGUUCAGGGCGACUCGUCUCUACAUAAAGAAGAAAAGUCGGCGGAGGAGUGUUCUGGAUGUUCUCAGAUGUUCGUUCUCGUCUUUCAGUGGUUUGGACCAAAGGUGUGACGACUCGUAUUAUUGACCACAGUAUUUGUUGCACUACACGAUACAGAGGGACUGCUAGCUGUUUUGUACCAUUUCAAUAGGUGGCGCUGUCUUUAGAAUGAAGAUGUGUGUUAAUUUAUACCUGUAAAUAUGUUCUUUUUCAUGUGAUAUCUAUCUGAGGGGUCUGCGUGCCCCCCCGCCAUGUGAAGGGAUUUAAAAUAAACCCUGGAAAAAAAUAAAGUG